AUGGCCCUCCUCGACCUCGUUGAAACCUAUCGCCAGCCUCUCGUCUUCUUAGGCGCUUUCUCUCUCGUGUUCUACUUCGUGUCCUGCAUCUAUCAACGAUGGCAGCAAUAUCAGUUUGCCAAAGCAAACGGGUGCGAGCCUGUUGUGGGGAAGGUUCAAAACUAUGAUCCCUUUUUGUCGCUUGAUAGGAUCUACCGCUUAAUGAAGAUGGCGAAGCAGCGCAAGUUAUUGGAAUCCAAUGUGAUGCGUUUCGAUAACCUUGGCAAUACCCAUCUCGUCCAGCGUAGACCCGAGCUGAUUAUGGUGACCCGCGAGCCGCAAAAUGUGAAGACCAUCCUUUCACUCAAGUUCGCCGACUACAGCUUGGGUGAUAGGAUCAAGACAUUUGGCCCUCUCCUGGGCCAUGGCAUCUUCACUAGCGACGGCGAGGACUGGACUCGGUCCCGCCAGAUGAUCCGACCAAACUUUGUCAAGGAACAAGUCGCGCAUCUUGAAGUCUUUGAGGAGCUCAUGGAUGAUUUGUUUGCGCUGAUUCCCACCGAUGGCGACACUGUUGAUCUCCAGGACCUCUUCUUCGGUUUCACCAUUGACUCUGCAACCGAAUUCCUGUACGGCCAUAGUGUUCACAGCUUGAAGAAGCGCCGAUCUGGAGUAGCAGACAAUGAGCCUGAUUUCGCGAAAGCCUUUGACUACUCACUAGCCGACAUUACCAAGAGCUUUCGGUAUGGCCCACUGAGGUUUUUGAAUCGCGAUCCGAAAGCCGUGGAAUCGCGCCGCAUUUGCCAUCAGAUGGUUGACCAGUUCGUCGACAAGGCUCUGGUAAUGCGAGAGAAGUAUGACGAAGAGAAGGGUACCGAUGAGAAAACAGAGCGCAGGUAUAUGUUUCUCUAUGGCUUGGCUCAGCAGACAGGCGAUCGCAGGCGAAUCCGAGAUGAGAUCAUGAACGUCCUCCUGGCUGGCCGUGAUACGACCGCCUCACUUCUGGGUUGCUUGUUCUUUAUGCUAGCAAAGCAUCCCGAAGUCUGGGCCAAGUUGCAAGAAGAUAUUUCCACCCUAGGAGGCCGUGCUCCGACCUAUAGCCUGCUGCAGAAUAUGACGUACCUCAAAUAUUGUCUCAACGAGACCCUUCGCCUUUUCCCCGUCGUUCCACUCAAUUCACGGACCUCCAUCAGAGACACCAUCCUUCCCGUUGGUGGCGGGAAGGAUGGUCAGUCGCCUGUUUUUGUGCCCAAGGGGACUAUCGUAUCGUAUAGUGUCUAUGCAAUGCACCGCCGCAAAGACUUUUACGGCGCCGAUGCCGAGGAGUUCCGACCCGAACGCUGGGCCAAUCUACGGCCCGGCUGGGAGUAUCUUCCUUUCAAUGGCGGUCCUCGUAUUUGUGUAGGCCAGCAAUAUGCCUUGACUGAAGCAGCAUAUGUCACAACGCGUCUUGCCCAGAGGUAUUCCAUUCUGGAAAGCCGUGAUCCUGGGCCUUGGGAGGAGAAACUGACGCUGACUGCGUGCUCCUUCAAUGGAACGCAAGUCUCACUGCGGCAUUAG